AUGAGCUUCCGUCCGCUAUGGGCGCGUGCGCGAGGGAGCUUUUUCGGUGCAACGGCCAUCCGACUCCUCGGCUACGCCACCUGGAUUCCCAUCGCCAUCACAUUCAAUGACUACAUCGCAACGGUGACGAAGAUCAGCGGCGCGUCAAUGUACCCCUACUUCAACGAAGACCGCGACAGUACCCUGACGCGCGACAUCGUCCUCAAUUGGAAGCUGAACCCGCAGGAUGGUCUGAAGAGGGGGAUGAUCGUUACAUUUCGAAGCCCCUAUCACCCCGAGACCGUCGCGGUCAAGAGAGUCAUUGCAGUGGAGGGCGAAUAUGUCAAUACAAGGCCGCCGCAUCCGCAGCCGGUUGUCAGAGUACCUCAAGGCCAUAUCUGGGUCGAGGGCGACGGGCCCGCAGACCAGACGCUAGACAGCAACACAUACGGCCCAAUAUCGAUGGAACUUGUGACCGGAAAGAUCCUCUGGUUUUUGUAUCCUUUCCGAAAGUUCGGCAGCACGAAAUGGGAGGAAUAUAAGGAACUAGGCGGGCGCCGCCUCGGAGGUCCCGGAAGCACUCCCGAAGACUAUCGGACUAGGGCCGUCGACCGCUGCGGCUUCGGCUGA